AUAAAGCGAGAGAAAGUGAGUGUUUGCAUGUGUGUGAGAGAGCGGGGGGAGCAAAGAGGAAAGAGAGAGAGUGAGACAAAGAAAGAGAGAGAGAGAGCAAACACAAGGAUAGCAGGCUUGACAUAUACAUAUACGCAGUGAACAAACAGAAAUCCUAAUGCCAGAGAAAGACAGACGAAGGCAUUGAGAGAAGAAGGUCACCUCUAGAGCAGUGGAUGAACGGGGGGUCAUACCGGAAGACUGAACUCUGGAAGUCUGGAAAUGGGAAUUCGGUAGGUCCUACUUUAAACAGAAGAAGAUAUUUUGAUGCCACACCAUUGAAAGACGACCAGGGAACACAGCAUUACUGAGAGUCACAAUGGAGAAACUCUCUGAAAAAGAUAAAGGUCUGAUCCGGGACAGCUGGGAGAGUCUGGGGAAGAACAAGGUGCCACAUGGAAUUGUUAUGUUCACGAGGUUAUUUGAGCUGGAUCCAGCACUUCUUACUCUCUUCAGCUACAGCACAAACUGUGGGGAUGCACCUGAAUGUCUCUCCAGCCCAGAGUUCCUCGAGCACGUCACCAAGGUGAUGUUAGUGAUUGAUGCAGCUGUGAGCCAUCUUGAUGACCUACAUACAUUGGAGGACUUCUUGUUGAACCUGGGCAGGAAGCACCAGGCAGUUGGGGUGAAGACUCAAUCCUUUACUGUGGUUGGAGAGUCCCUGCUUUAUAUGCUUCAGUCCAGCCUUGGUUCGGCUUACACGACACCGCUGCGCCAGGCUUGGCUCAAUAUGUACAGCAUCGUGGUAUCAGCCAUGACCAGAGGCUGGGCCAAGAAUGGCGAACAUAAGUCCAACUGAGAAGAAGUUAGAUGUGAGAUUCACACUGGAACACCCUUGAGGUCACAAACCAACUUCUACACAAACUAAGAGUGAGGGGCUUGAAUAUGGGACCACCACUGGGAAAAUCAGUUCAUUUGGUUCACCGAAUGGUCCUAACUUUGGUAGCUUGGUCUAACUGCGAACUGAGAUUGUAGAUAACGAAGCCUAUGAGGUUGAAGUAUGCUUAUUAAGAGUGCAGGACAUAGAUAGUUUAUGGUUGAAACUUCAAAAGCAAAAUUAGCUUUGUACAUAUAGUAAUGGCUAAAUGUAUUUCCUUCAACUAUCUUAAAUGUUUUGAUGUUUCAUGUGAGCGUAAAACAGAUUUUACCAUGCCCAUGUGAGCUUGGUCAACUUGAAAAAAGUUUUAUUCUGAAGCCUCUUGGAAUCAAUUUAGAUGACGGCCUUUAAAGCCACAACAAUUUAACCCUAAAUUACACAGAAUUAAUGCUCCUGCCUGUGUGGUGUGUAGUUUAAGUUUACUGUAAGUUUAGUGAUGUUCACUGCGCAUGAACAUAGUAGUAUUUGGCAAUAUGGUCCAAAUGAUAGUAUCAAAGACAAUAAGCAAUCAGUAGGCAUGAUUUUUUUGACACCAUCCAAAUGUUCAUGUGAAAUGUUGUUUGCCAUAUUUUUCAACCGUUAACAGUAUUUCUGGCGAUGAAAGUAAAUGACGAGAACUGUUACAUCUGAAAUAGCUUUUGGGAUUUUUAGACUGUUAAUUCAUAAACCUGUGCCAUGUCAUAAGUUUACAUUUCCAUUGUAUGGGAUUACACGCGACGCACUCUACUCCAAGACUUACUUACGAAAGACUUGUGUAGACUGUUACUUCAC